AUGGGUACAAGCUAUGGACAGACGGGGGCUAGCGAUUGCGGGGAGGGAGUGGAGGAGAUCUCUGACGCUAAUGCAGCGUCGGAUUCCAGUGUGAAUUGCGGGGGAAAAGGCACCAACGCGUCUGAAUGGACAGCGCUGACUUGCGUUCACUAUGGUCGACAAGUCGCGAAUAAGAGCCAAUGA